UUUCAUAAACACAUCAAACUACUGACGAUACCUUAGUGUCAUUAAUUUGAUGAAGAACCCUUAUCUCACAAUAGCCCUUUUGGGCAUCCUAACAGUGUUCUUCUCUAAACCUUCUUAUCAAGCUUCUUAUAGUUCUUCUCCUCCACCACCCAUUCCAAGCCCUAGACUUUUAAAGGCUUAUAUAGCUCUUCAAGCUUGGAAGCAUGCAAUCACUUCUGAUCCUAAAAACUUUACCUCAAAUUGGUAUGGUCCUGACGUCUGCAGCUACACAGGAGUCUAUUGCGCACCUGCCCUAGAUGACCCUCACACCAUAACAGUUGCAGGUAUUGACCUAAACCAUGCCAACAUAGCAGGUUCUUUACCUGAAGAUCUCGGCCUCCUUACUGAUCUAGCUCUCUUCCACCUGAAUUCUAACCGCUUCUGUGGCACUAUUCCCGAUAGUUUUCGCCAUCUUCGCCUUCUAUAUGAGUUUGACAUUAGUAACAACCAAUUUAGUGGUGAACUUCCUCCUGUUCUUCUUUGUCUAACUUCACUCAAAUUUCUUGAUGUGAGAUAUAAUGAGUUCUAUGGAAAUGUCCCUUCUAAACUAUUCGAUUUGAAACUUGAUGCUCUUUUCAUCAACAACAACAAAUUUAAGUCAUCUUUGCCCGAAAACUUUGGGAAUUCUCCAGUUUCAGUCAUUGUAUUGGCUAACAAUGACAUUAGUGGUUGCAUACCUUCAAGUUUGACUAAAAUGGGAAGAACCCUUAAACAAAUAAUUCUGACGAAUAUGGGAUUAAAUGGUUGUAUUCAAUCUGAUAUUGGACUGUUGAAUCAAGUUACAGUUUUUGAUGUCAGCUUUAACAAGCUUGUGGGUUCAUUGCCCGAUUCUAUGGGUGAAAUGAAAAGCUUGGAGCAGCUAAAUGUGGCACAUAACAAACUUUCUGGCAAUAUUCCUGAGAGCAUAUGUUUAUUGCCAAGGCUGGAGAAUUUCACAUACUCUGACAAUUAUUUCUGUGGUGAGCCACCAGUUUGCCUGAAGCUUCAAGCUAAAGAUGAUAGAAGAAACUGCAUACCCCAUAGGCCUUUGCAGCGAUCACCUGAAGAAUGCAAGGCUUUUUAUGCUUAUCCUGUUAAUUGUAAUGCAUUUGGAUGCUCAAGAAGUCCACCACCUCCUCCACCACCGCCUCCUCCUCCUCCUCCUCCUCCACCACCACCACCUCCGCCGCCGCCGCCCCCACCGGUGCAUCAUUAUUAUCAGUACCCUUGACCAGAGUGUGCAGAGACUUUAUAUUAAUAAACACAUACUCAUUUCUGUCUUUUGUGGUCAUUUUCGCAGGGUGAAAAGAAGAAGAGCGGGGGAAUUUAGUGUUGGGGGAUAUGUGAACAUAUUUAUUGAUUUGUCUAUUAAUUAUCUUAAACUCGUUUUGCUUAAAAAUGAAAAUUGUCUGACUUUUAGUUA